UCACAAGAAUGGCGAUGAAGUGUUAUAUCUUGAUAAAAAUGUUAACCUUGAACUUGCAUUAACUCUUUAAUGGUGGUUUUGGGCUGAAUAUCAAAGCCAAAUGGUCUAUUGUACGGCAUUUAUAGCUUAAUCGAGGCUUACAUUUCAACAGACACUUUGAACAGCAUGCGGUUUUUGAGGUCUUCGCGAAAUUCAGUGACAUGUUUGCUAAUCACAUAGCAGAUCAGAUAUCAUAGUAAUUUUUUUUCGUUUGAAGAGAUAUGUGGUAACUGCACGUGUUUAGCAUUUAACUUAAAAAUUCUUUAAGCAUUUAUAUUCGAAACUGCUGCUUACAAACCUAGCUGCAUUCACAGCAAUUUAUUAGAUUUUUAAAAGUGAGAUUAAUGACUUGCACUGUUUAUUAAUUAAAAUGAAGAAAAAUACGAUGGCUUGUACCUUAUGUUUAACUGGAUAGCAGCAUUUAUGUUUUAUCUUAUGAUCCAUAUCUGGAAUUGAAUAGUUUCUGUGUUAUUACUGCAUAUAAAGUAAAAUGGAUAUUUUUUAAAAUUCCUUCCAGUAGAAGUCUUAAACGUCGGUUUUACUUAUGUUACUUCUCAUCAACUUUGAUUUGGUUUAUUAGAUUACGGCAAAGCACUCGAGGGCUAUCUGCCUUAAGGGUGUCUCAUCAACUUUGAUUUGAUGUUUAGUGACUUAAAUCAUAAAUUGUAAGGAUGUCAGAUGGCACAACAUAUGAAAAAACGUGAAAAUAACAAAGAAACUUCUGAUGGAUAACACUCCUCGUGUAAAAUCAUAUUCUGCAGAUAUCCAAGAUAAAGUUGCAAAGAUAUACUACAGUCAUGGACUUUUUUGCUCUAGUCAUCCAUAUUCAGUUAUCUCAGUGACAUUAAUCAUCUUUAUUUUAUGUUGUUACCCAUUAAUACACCUGCCACUAUUAGGUAGUUCUUCACAGCAGUUUUCAACACCUGUGCAAGGAUUUGUAGCACCUGAUAUUGUUUUAGACAAUAGUGACAGUUAUAAAUUUUCAGGACCACGCUGGUUUCAAGGCCCACCAGUUAGUUAUGUACAACAAAUUAUUGUGAAAAGUGCUGUUUUCCCGUGGAAGUCAGAUUUGAUAUUAACAGAUGCAUUUCGUGCACCUUUGACCUAUGCGUUUGAAAUCAGUGAACUUCUUGGGAAUCAUCAAAUAUCACCAGGAGCCUUAAAUAAUACCAGCCUUGGUGACCUGUGUUUGCAAGUUUCAGAGCCCAUUGAUAAGUUGACUUCAUCUGUUCUUCCUCAUUAUGGCUGUCUUGUUAUUUCCCCAAGUCUCAUUUGGAAGAAUGACAUUAUAAGAUUUAAAGAAGAUCCAGAUAUCAUUAAAACAAUAUUUGACUUGAAAGAUUCUUCUGUAGAUGCAUCCAGUUUUCGAGAAAUACUAUUUGGGGUUCCUUUUAAAGAGACUGGCAUUAAGAAAUUAUUUGUUCGCAACAGACCAAGAAUAAUUACGUAUGCAUUUACUGUUGUAUUUCAGACAUAUAAUGCUAAGUUCAUACAGAGUCUUUCAGAGCACUUGCAACAAAAGUAUCCAACCAGUCCAUACCAUGAGAAUGUGACAUACAGUCCUGCAAACAGUAAUAUUGUACAUAUACAAUUUCAAGACCUUCAUACAUUGUUGGAGUUUGUACCAUUGGGUGCUGCGUAUAUAAUACUUUUCUUGUACAUUUAUUUUUCUGUCUGUAAGAUUGAACUCGUUAAGUCCAAGUGGGCAUUAGCUAUAAGUGCAGUUAUGACAGUUGUCAUGUCACUUCUUAUGUCAGUUGGAUUAUGUCUGUGGUUUGGCUUAAAUCCAACCUUGAGUGGAAGUGAAGUUUUGCCAUAUCUUAUUGUUGUCAUUGGUUUAGAAAAUAUGCUAGUCUUAACAAAAUCUGUUGUUUCUACUCCUAUGCAUUUGGAUGUCAAACUUCGAGUUGCUCAAGGUUUAAGUAAAGAAGGAUGGUCUAUUACAAAGAAUUUGCUUACAGAACUUGCUCUUCUAAUGGUAGCUUUUCUCACAUUUGUUCCCAAAAUUCAAGAAUUUUGCUUGUUUGCUGUUGUUGGGCUUCUUACAGACUUUUUUCUGCAGUUGCUAUUUUUUGCAACUUUUCUCUCUGUUGAUAUUCGAAGAAUGGAGAUUACAGAUCUGCAAAGGAACUGCAUUCGUGAAGUGGCCAAUAUUCGCAAUUUUCGAAAUGAGAAACUACAUAAUGAUCAAAGUUCCCAACCCCGACUAGUUCCUAUCAACAGCAAUUAUACUAGAUGUUCUUUGAAGUCAACUAAUCAAUCGACCAAAAUAUUUGCACCUCCUGCUACUCCCAUGCUUGUAAAGUUGCCUAAAAGGAUGAAAUUUAUUUAUUUUUGGGCCAGAACAAGAAUGGUGCAACGAGGUCUGAUGGUUUGUCUAGUUAUGUGGAUUUUUCUACUUGUUUAUAGUUCUGGUAUUGUAGAAAAGUAUACUGGGAGCUCAACAUUGGUUACUAAUCAAGUUAUCAAUCCUUUGCUCUCGAGUAUCUCAGCUAAACCCAAUGCAACUGUUACAGCAGUGAGUGAUACAAUUGGACCAAAGCAGUGGAAUUGCAGUGAACAGAUUGUAAAGGAAUUCUCAAAAAAUGUUGAACUGCGCUUAAAACACCAUAAUUUGAAUUUGUGGCAAUCUCUUCAUUCUAAUCAUUGGACCACUUUAUUUGGCUAUUAUAACAUAUCUUUAUCUGGGAGGUUUAUAAGUAUUUUGCCUCCAAUACAUGUAUCUACAGCGGUUGAUUCUGCUACUGCCAUAGCACUUCGUAAUCCUAAAGAUUAUGACAUUUCUAAAAAUUCAUAUUGGAAAUUCCUGUCCUCUGGAGAAAGAAAAGAUGGAGAUAUUGAUGAUCUUUUGUCACAAGACCUUCCUUAUCAUCCAUCUUCACCUGGAGAAGUUGCACUUGCCAUAGCGCUAGCAGUUCCCAGCUUGCUAUUCUUUAUUUAUCUUAUGGUUGUACUAUACCGCUGUAUGUGUUCUAAACAUUAUGCUGAGUGGCGGACAUCUUGGAAAUCCUCUGCAGGACUGGAGUCGAAUAGGAAUGGAUAUUCUGAAAGUACAGCUGAUGCCAAUCUUGUGAUGGAAACUUUCCCUAUGAAAUUGCAUGGACAUUCGCAAGAAUUGGAGUACAUUUGUGCUGAUAGUAAUGUUGUUAUCAGUUCCUGCUUGGAUGGAAAUAUUAAUGUGUGGGAUUCUAUAUCUGGUGAAUGUCUCACUUUAAUACGCCGAUCCAGGUUUUUUGAAUCUACAAAGAGGAAGACAGUUCAUUCUAGAAGCAAUGGUAGUUUUUCAUCAGAUUCAACAUACAGCUCAUCACCUCAAUCAGACAAUGGAGAAUAUAUGAGCCAACAUAAAACCUCUAAUAGUUCAUCUGUAAAUUUUUUACCUCAGCAAUCUGAAAGUGCUUGUAAUUUUCCAAAACAUUUUACAUUUGAUAAAACUCCCCAUAGUACUGUAGAUGAUUGUAUGCCUGGACAAAAAUAUGACUUUAGUAGAUUUGCUGUAUCAGAAGAUAGUCCAUCCAAAGAGAUGAUAAUGGAGGAUGCUUAUUCAUUGAAUGAUUGCCAUAAUAUAGCUCAUGAAUUUCAGCAUUACAAAGACUCAAAUUAUGAAUAUACAGACAAAGGGACAAAAAUUGUACAUUCCAUAUUAUCUCCUCAAGCUGUAUGGAGCAUAGAUCAUUAUGGUUCUUGUAUUGCUGUUGGCUGUAGGGAAGGCCGUAUUGAAGUUUGGAAUGCUUUUACUGGAAAUUUAGAAUAUGUAUAUGAAGAGAGUAAAUCUGGUGUAACUGCUUUGUGCCUUACAGAGGAUAGGUUAGUUGCAGCACGUGUGAAUGGCUUCUUAGAAUUUUUUGCUGUAGAUACAAUUCCUUGUAAAGAAUAUGCUUCCUCUCAUCAACAUGUUCAUAAUUCCAUUGAUCCAAAUGCCAUAUCAUGUACUGAAGUUAUUCGUUGUUUUUGGCUUCAAAAUAUAAAAGCUCAUUCUUUAACAAUUUCUGCACUAGAAGUUGAUGGUGGGCUUGUUGUAUCUGGUGGAUAUGAUCGUUUGGUUAAGGUGUUUAGAAGUGAUUCCUCUGUUUGUAUAUAUACUCUUCAUGGCCAUACAGCUCCUAUAUCAGUGUUAAACAUCGACCAAUUUUCACCAUCAUCUGCAGCCAGUGGUUGUCAAGAUGGACUUAUAUGUCUGUGGGAUCUCAUGACAGGUACUUGUAUGUACAGUUUAAAUGGUCAUCAAGGUGCUGUGAUGGCAUUGCUAUCGACAGAUAUUUACAUGAUUAGUCAGGGGGCUGAUAAUCGCAUUUGCAUCUGGGAGAAGUGCCAAGGUCAUUUACUUCAUAGCAUAGUUCAGGAUUUCAGUCUCCACUGCAGUUUGAUACUUCUCACUAAAAAUAUCCUGGUCACCACAAAAGAGGAUAACCUUGUUUUAUGGGAUGUAAAUCAUGGUGAAGCUCUUCGAAUGAUCAUGGUUGGCAGUGGUGAUCACUCUAUUCACAUACGCUUACUGAAACUGUCUGGUCAGUCAGUAGUAUGUGAUUAUGGACCACAAAUUUUCAUAAUCAAUUUCCCUGCCAUAUCUGAUAAAUCUGAGUAGUGUUUAUAAAUAUUAAAUUAUACAUUGUAUUUUUAAUAUAUAAUUGUAUUUCUCAUUUUAAUAUAAUAGCUUCAAUUAAUGUUCAACCCUAAUUUUAUUUAAGACGAGGAAAUUUUUUAAUUAUAAUAUUGAAAUGUCAUUAGGUAUACCAUUUUCUGUAUGUUUGUGUGCCUUUUUAGAAUUAAUAUAUUUUAUUUUUACAUCAAAAUGGGCUAAAAAUUCUAAAUGCCAUUUUUCUUCAGUGGAAUUAUUCAUCUGACAGUAGGCUGAUGAAUUUAUUUGAAAUACCACCUGACUAUGUUAGAAUUAUGUGAAUUUUCAUUUAAACUGUACUAAAGCAAUAGACAUUGUUUAUCUUAUUAAAAAUGUGUGCAAGUUUAAUAAUAAUACAACAAACAAGAAUAAGGCAUAGUUUGUAAGGUAUUAGCUAAUAUUUUGACAUAAUAACUUAAAUAAAAGGACUAAUUGGAAAGUUUUGAGACUACCUGUAUUUCUCUUUCCUGACAUUAGACGUGGCAACAAUGUACUAAGUUUUGUGAAGGUUUUGUUUGAACCUAUAGCUGGGCAACCAUUAAAUUCAAUAUUUGAUUUAAUGAGAGGAAGUACCUUGUAUGUUUUUCUUUUCAUGGUAGUUGAAAAAGACAUCUCUAUUACUGUAUGACAAAGGUGGCUAUUUCUGUAUGGUUUAAUUUUGUAUACUCCAAUACUUCACUAUUAAAGAUAUUAAAAGGCAGUAGCAUGUGAGUGAUCAACAAAGUGUGUUCUGUCAGCUUAUCUGUUGUGAUUAUGGGUAUCAACAUUGCAUACGUGCAAGUAGACAGUGAAAACUGACUAUUAUAUAAAGAUCUUGAAAAUCAGUUAUGUUGAGUCAUGAGGAAGAAAAAAACUGAAUUUCCUCAAGAAACAUUUUCCUUUGACUCAUUGAUUUAAACUACUGCUACUGCAGCAUUGUCUGAAACCAGUCAUUCAACGCUAGAAUGUUCUGCAUAUAGCAUAGGCUAAGUGAUGUGAUUUCUGAGUAAUUUCAAUUUUGAAAAGGCAGUUACAUAGGAUGAGAUUCUAUUCAAAUGAGAAAGUUGUUGUUUCUAAUUGAUUCCCUGGGGUUCGAAAUUUUGUAGGGACUCUAUGAUGAUCAAACAGUUGAUAGCAAAAUAUACAUGGGCAAACAUAUUGUUAAAUAACACUGAGUGAAAGUACACAGUGGAAUUGUCUGAAAUGAAAGGGUGGACACCAUUGCUAAAAUGAUGGCACAUGGAGAUGGGACCGAUAAUUUUGAUAUCCACGAUUCAAGAAAAAAGACUAUUGCUGAAAUGGAAAACUGAAUUUAUACAGAAUGGAAUUCUUGCUGGGAGUUGUCUAAUAAGAAAAAAGUUAAUGAAAAAUAUAAAGUUAAACAAGAAGAUGAAUAUUGUAAAUAAUGUUGAUAUAAAUCAGGUACUGACUAAUCAUGGGUGUUUCCCGCCAUAUUUUAAUCUUUUCCAUCUA